AUGGAACCAAUGGACGAGGAUGAGGGAUUUGGGGCAGCGAUUGCCAUCGGAUCCGAAACAACAGAGGCUGAAAGAGAAUUCGCAAAGGUUCUGGAACAGUUGCGCGAGGCGGAGGGUUUGAAGUUAUACGCCGACGUGUAUACGAAACUAUACGACUCGUAUUACAAGCUUAAAGAAGACAAUGGCGAGCAAACGGAACAAAUCAACAACCUUAAGACGAAACUUGGCCGAUUCGACGACACCGUGUCGGACUACAUCAGCGAACUGUCAGACGCCCAGAAGACUAUCGAGCGACUCAACGCGGAAAUCGAUGAGGCAAGAGCACUUGCGGACGCAAUGCACGCUCGCGAACUCGCCAGCGUGGAGAGCUUGGAAACCAUGAAGAAAUCCCUCACCAGAUUGGAGAAGGAACUGGACGCGAGGAAACGCGCGGGCGACGACGACGCAGGAGCAACGUCGGCGGUGAAAGAGAAGGAGAAAUUCGAGAAAGAGAAGGCGCGACUCCAGGGAGAACUGGACAGCGUGAAGCUGAGGCUCACCAACGCCCUCGGCUACAUCGAGGAGUUGGAGUCGAAGAACACCGCCGCCGAGGAGACCAUUGCCAAGAUGGAGGAGCACCUUGAAGAAGCGGAAAACAACGCGGUCCGACAGAACAGGCUGGUGGACUUCAUGAAAACUGAAUCUGACUCAUUGAAGAUGGAGAUCGAGAACAGAGGCGCCCUCAUCGGAAGUCUGCAGGAUAAGCUAGGUAAAGCUGAGAAGGGCAUGGAGCGUCGCGACAAACAACUGAGGGACAUGGGUAACAAACUGGAGGCGGCGGUGCAGGAACAGGAGUCCGCCACCGCCAAGGCGAAGGCUUUGAGGGAGCAGCUGGACGCGAACAACGCGCUGUUCGAGGAGACAAAGAAAAAGCUGAACUCCGCUUCGAAGGAGCUGAAGAAUUCGAUCGACGACGGCGUCAAGCUUCGCAACGAGGUGUCAAAGCUCACGAAGAACAACGUGCAGCAGUUGAAGAAGUACCAACUGCUGGAGCAGAGCAAGGCCGCGGUUGAGACUGAAAGAGAGCGUCUCCGUCAGCAAGUGACCGUGAUGGAACGGGAGAUAAUGCUCGGCAACAAACACGCUGAGGCGGACAAGAGGGAGAUUGAGAACCUCAACAGGGAGAAGGACAUCUUGAACAAGAACAUCCAGAAGAUACAGAACGAAGCAAUGGAGAACCUGCAAAUGCUAAAUCUCCAGGAACAGCGACGGAAGCAGCUGGAACACGAGCUCGAGGUGAAUGCAGCGCAGAUGAGCAAGCAGAGGCUCGCCAUCCGGCAGCUGGAAAAGGAUAAAGACAGAAUGUUGGAAGAAACGAUCGCUCUUAACGAAAAAAUCGACGAGAUCUCAGAGGAGGUACGUCUCCGAACCGCGGACAUCCUUGAUUUGAACAAGGCUCUACGCGAUGAAGCGAUCAAGACGCGCAAGCUAUCUGUCGCCCUGGACUCGACCAGGGCCGAGAGGAACAUGCUCCACAAGAACUACACAGAGGCCGUGGACGAGAUUCAAGACCUGAAGCAGAAACUGAAGAUGCUAGCGUACCAGAUAGAGCAGCUUAAGGAAGACAUCAGCGGCAAAGAGGUCGGCCUAAAGACCUGCGAAGGCACACUGGCCAAGUGCAACAAGAAGAACGAGCAGCUUCGCUCCGAAAUCCAGGCGGGCGCGGUGAAGCUCUCAGAGGCUAAGGCGGACAUCACCGCUCUGAAGCAGGAAGAGGCCAGACUGAACAGGAUCAUACAGGAGGGAGACGCGGCACGUGCCAAGCUGAUGAAGGACCUGGAGGGUCUGAUGAACGAGAGGGACGUGGUCGGAGCCCAGCUGGUGAGGCGCAACGACGAGAUAUCGCUGCUCUACGAGAAGAUACGGAUACUCGAGAUCACGCUCAACAGAGGCGAGCGUCAGUACGAGCAACGUGUGGAGGACAUCCGUCUCCUUCGGCUGGAGAUUAUCAGAUUGCGGAAGGAGAAGAACCUCCUCUCUAAAGGAAUAGAGAACAUGACCGACCUGAGAUUGGAGGUGUUCAACCUGGAAAGGGAGCUGGGGCGGUCGCGGCUGCGUGUGCGCGCGUUGGAGGAGGCGCUGGAGACGCCCCUGAACGUGCACAGGUGGCGAAAGCUGCAGGGCACAGACCCGCAGAGCGUCACCCUCACGCACAAGCUGCGCCUCACGCAGAAAAAAGUACUAGCGCAGAGCGAACUUUUGGUGCUAAAAGACCGCGAGCUCAAGGAGACGAAGAACCUGUACGGAGCCGUCAAAGACAUGCUCGCUCUACAGCCCAGCCCCGAGAUCCAGCAAACUUUGAUUCGCACGCAGCGAGCGCUUGCCCAGAGGACCACGAAAAUGAAAUGUUUAAUAGCCGAAAAAUUCCCCAGUCCAAUAUUUCCUCAAAUUAUUUUGCCGAGCGGUGGCUGUAUAGUUAUAGGUUGUCCAUAUGAGGCAAUCAGCAGCCCCCCCUCCAUGGAACGUCUCCCCGCAGAGCUGGGCAUGAGGGAGAAUCAAGUGACGGACCUGAGACGCGAGCUGGACCGCGCCAAUGGGGAUCUGAACUCCUUCAAGCAGCGCUAUUACGAGAUGAAGAGGGCUCUGGACGCGGACGAGGCUAGGAGGCUGCGAAUACCCACGCCCCCCGCCACGGCGCAACCGCAAGAAACGCUCGCU